AGCUCUCUCUCUCUCACUCAGCCUCACCGUGGCUCGUGGCUCGUGCUGCAGCCAUCUGCCAAUAACGAGCCUGCUGAGAGAGAGAGAGAGAGAGGGAGAGAGAGGGAGAGAGAGGGCGAGGGAGAGAGAGAGAGAGCACGAGCUCCUACUCUACAGCGCGCGGGGCUCGUGCAGCAUCAGAUAUGUGAGCGGCGGGAAGCAGCUCUGUGCCUCGCGCUGCAGGAGGACGGCAGGAUGGCGGGAGGACGGCGGGGUCUCGUGGCCCCUCAGAACACGUUCCUGGAGAACAUCGUCCGCCGGUCCAACGAUACCAAUUUUGUGCUGGGGAACGCUCAGAUCGUCGACUGGCCGAUCGUCUACAGCAACGAUGGCUUCUGCAAACUGUCCGGUUACCAUCGGGCCGAGGUCAUGCAGAAGAGCAGCACCUGCAGCUUCAUGUAUGGAGAGCUGACAGACAAAGAGAUGAGUGAGAAGGUUCGACAGACCUUCGAGAACUACGAGAUGAACUCGUUUGAGAUUCUGAUGUACAAGAAAAACCGGAUGCCAGUUUGGUUUUUUGUGAAGAUUGCUCCAAUCAGAAACGAGCAGGACAAAGUCGUCCUGUUUCUCUGCACCUUCAGUGACAUCACCGCCUUCAAGCAGCCAAUAGAGGAUGACUCUUCAAAAGGUUGGGGUAAAUUUGCUCGUCUGACUCGUGCUUUAACCAGCAGUAGAGGAGUUCUUCAGCAGCUCGCUCCAACUGUCCAUAAAGGAGAGAACGUCCACAAACACUCACGGCUGGCGGAGGUUCUCCAGCUGGGGUCAGACAUCUUGCCUCAGUACAAGCAGGAAACCCCAAAGACACCGCCACACAUCAUCCUGCACUACUGCCUCUUUAAGACCACAUGGGACUGGGUCAUCCUAAUCCUCACCUUCUACACCGCCAUCAUGGUGCCCUACAACGUCUCCUUCAAGACCAAGCAGAAUAACGUCACCUGGCUGGUGGUGGACAGCAUCGUGGACGUCAUCUUCCUCGUCGACAUCGUUCUCAACUUCCACACCACCUUUGUCGGCCCGGCCGGAGAAGUCAUCUCCGACCCAAAACUCAUCCGCAUGAACUAUGUCAAGACCUGGUUUGUCAUCGACCUGCUCUCCUGCUUGCCUUACGAUGUCAUCAAUGCCUUCGAGAACGUCGAUGAGGGGAUCAGCAGUCUCUUCAGCUCUCUCAAAGUGGUUCGUCUUCUGCGUCUGGGUCGGGUUGCCAGGAAGCUGGAUCACUACAUCGAGUAUGGUGCCGCUGUACUGGUUUUGCUGGUGUGUGUAUUCGGCCUGGCGGCCCACUGGCUGGCCUGUAUCUGGUACAGCAUCGGAGACUACGAGGUGAUCGAUGAGGACACCAACAAGGUGAGGAUGGACAGCUGGCUGUACCUGCUGGGAGAGACGAUGGGGACGCCGUACAGGUUCAACGCCUCUGGCUCGGACCGCUGGGAGGGCGGGCCCAGCAAAGACUCUGUCUACAUCACCUCGCUGUACUUCACCAUGACCAGUCUGACCAGCAUCGGCUUCGGAAACAUCGCACCAAACACGGAUGGAGAGAAGAUCUUCGCCGUGGCCAUGAUGAUGAUUGGAUCUCUGCUCUACGCCACCAUCUUCGGUAACGUCACCACCAUCUUCCAGCAGAUGUACGCCAACACCAACCGCUACCACGAGAUGCUCAACAGCGUGAGAGACUUCCUCAAACUCUACCAAGUCCCCAAAGGCCUCAGCGAGCGGGUAAUGGACUACAUCGUGUCCACCUGGUCCAUGUCCAGAGGCAUCGACACCGACAAGGUGCUGCAGAUUUGUCCCAAGGACAUGCGAGCGGACAUCUGCGUCCACCUCAACAGGAAGGUGUUUAAAGAACACCCGGCGUUUCGGCUGGCCAGCGACGGCUGCCUGCGAGCCCUCGCCAUGGAGUUCCAGACCAUCCACAGCGCGCCGGGUGACCUCAUCUACCACGCUGGAGAGAGUGUGGAUAGCCUCUGUUUUGUGGUGUCGGGGUCACUGGAAGUCAUCCAGGACGACGAGGUCGUAGCCAUUUUAGGUAAAGGCGACGUGUUCGGCGAUGUCUUCUGGAAGGAGAUGACGUUGGCUCAGUCCUGCGCCAAUGUCCGAGCAUUGACCUACUGCGACCUCCACAUCAUCAAACGAGACGCGCUGCAGAAAGUCCUGGAGUUUUACGCCAACUUCGCAAACCACUUCGCCCGGAACCUGGUCCUCACCUACAACCUGAGGAAGAGGAUCAUCUUCCGCAAGAUUAGUGAUGUGAAACGUGAGGAGGAGGAGAUGUUGAAGAGGAAGAACGAGGCUCCUCUGAAUCUCCCUCCGGACCACCCAGUCCGACGACUGUUCCAGCGUUUCCGACAGCAGAAGGAGGCCCGACUUGCUGCUGAGCGGGUCGGUCAGGGUGCCGGAGAUGUGGAAAAAGGUGUUGUUCACAUAGAGCAGUCCAGAGGUCUAGAAGUCCUUGCCUCGACCAGUAUCGUCAUGGUGACAGAGAGCCCAGCCACACCCACCACCUCCUCGACAUCCACCACUUCCUCGUCAUCCAGGACCUCCAGCCGAGUCAUUCUUCACACUCCUGCCACCCAAAACGGAAAUUUAGCUGGCUGCAAAUCAGCCGAGCCGCCAAAAGCUAAAGGCUGGGGACGAUUCAAGGAGUCGGUCGUGAAGGCGGAGUCAUGGAGCAGCGUCUCCAAGGCUGAGUCCAUGGAGACGCUGCCCGAUAGAACUAAGUCUCACGAUGAGAUGUCCCUCAAGAAAACCGACUCCUGUGACAGCGGCAUCACAAAGAGCGACCUCCGUUUGGACAAUGUCGGCGACGUCAGAACACCACAGGAGAGGAGUCCAGUUCAGUCUGAGGAGAAGAGGGUCUUCUGUCCGAUACCGGAGCAGAGCAUGCAAGCCUCUUUCCUCGAGCUGAAACAAGAAUUAAGAGGAGACAUUAGAUCUCUGAACAGUCGCAUGGCAGCACUGGAAGGUCAGUUAGCAGAGAUGCUUCGGCUCCUCAAAUCCAGGAAGUCGUCGGGCUCCUUCUUUGAGAUCUCACGGCCGCCCUCCCCCGACUCAGAUAAGGACAGCUUCUCUUAAGCUGGACUUGGAGUCAGUCCAUGGGGGUCAGAUUGAACCGGUCAGCCUCCAGAUGUCAGAGAAGAGCUUCUGACUGCAGUGUGAAGCCUUGCUGAUGGCGAUCAAUGAUAUCAAUGAUAGAGUUGACAAUACAGAUGACAAAAGCACUUUGUUACAUUCGUAGCAUCACUCUGGUGUUGCUACGAAUGAUCUUUGAUCAGAGAUUAUAGAAAGAGCCAUGACAGUCACAAAUGGCACCUUUGGUCCUUAGGGGCGUUUGCAGCCUGCAGACCUUCACGUGAUCUCAGCAAUAAUAACAGAUGGCUUUAACAUUGUUUUAAAGGACUUUGGCACUGUGAUUUGGUGACUUUGAUCUGGUCUUAUGAAGUCUGGUCCACAAAGUCUGUUUAGCUGCUCAGAGCUUCCAGAUACUGAAGGGUCCACUCUGAUUGACUGUCAGCACUGCCAGUCAACAGAAAGUUUAGGCAAGGGUGCUUUGGUUUUUUAUCACUCCUGGAAUCAAGGAGACACAUCUUGAUCAUUCAACAACAGAUGGAAGCUAUAACAGGCCAACUUGACAAACCUUUAUAAAUGUCAAAAACAUGGUGGUGUCUAUGAUUCCACUGUUUCCAUAUAUUGUAAGUUGUUUUUUUUGGUUUUUCAGCUGAUAGUUGGUGGUUUUUUCUUGGUGAGACAUGCUAUCUGACCAGAGUGAAUGACCAUUUUCCUCUGAGAGUUUGGGAUUUUUGACGGUUUAAGCGUCAGAAUGUCACCACCUUCAUGCAGACGAAAACACUGUGUGUACAGACUUUGGUGAUCGGGAUCAGCAGCGUCUAUAAAUCCAGAGUGAAUGUGGAAGAUUUAAUGCAGCACAGUAACAAUGAGGCCCUAAAUGAUGUUGAAGUUUAAUUAAUACAUAGAAAGAGCUGGUUAGUCUUGAAUUUUUAUAAAGUUGCAUGUUUCCGAGUUAAUGAGUCUCCAGCUCACACAACAAUAAUGUGAUUUCUUCAAUUUAAGAGAACAGACAUGUUGGAUACAUCUGAAGUUUGGACUUACAGUACAUAUACUCUUUAUUUCAGGUGUUUUAAAGAAAUGGUUAAUGUAUUUAAAAAUAUACUGUAUUUAGACACCAGUCCAACCAACCAAAUAUUUCCAUCUGGUAUUAAUCUAGGAUCUGUAUCUGGAUAUUUUAGCAGGAUAAUAACAACAACUAAGUAGACAGGGUCAGAUGACUUUUCAGCAAACAUGGCACCUCUACAGUCAAGGGAAGUGAUGCAAAAUACUCCCAAGAGACCAUGUGACAUGAAAGGUGAGGAUCAUGUGACAGACAGAAAAGCUAACAAGGCUAAUGUACAACAGCUUGCUAGCACUAGAGCUAGCUUGACUACCCUCAUCAGCCACAUGACUGUCAUCUUUUACGUCGUAGCGGUCCCUGGAGACUCCUGAGGCAAUCCUGGUGUAUGGCUUUUCUUAUUUUUCCUUUGCUGAGUCUCAUCUGAAGCUUUUGUUUUGAUUAACAUGUUUUUUCCCCAUGAUUCCGAUCAAAUAUCUUGACACAGAUUACAUGCAAAUGCCAGAUGGAAGUGGGAUAUUAUAAGUAUUAUAUAUUUUCUCUAUCACCAAUCAAAACCAGUUCAUUGGUUUUAGUUUUUGGUCUUUAUGGUUUGCCUGUGUCAUUUCCAGUUUUUGUUUUUGAUAUGCCCUCGCUGGAGGAUUUGUUUUCUGUCUUAUCAUUAGACUCUAUCAUGUUUGGAAACGACCAUCAGUCCAGCGCUGUAACAGUGUGAGUUAGAGCAGUUGAGUUUUUCUACAUUGUUCACACUUGGCCCUUCUGGAUGAUUGUAAAGGAGCUGAACAUUUGGGCAACUACCGAACACUGCAGCCUUGUCCUCUUAACUCUUUGUUCACACCAACUGUAUCAGUCUGAUGAAGUUUCCUUGAAAUCUCGAGAAACCUGCUCCACCUAGAACAUGUGUUGGAUCCGGUGUUGCUUCAAAGGUUAAUUAUCCGGAAUAAGUCACUGGUUCCAAUCUGUCUCUGUUCAUUUUUCAUGGUUUAUUUAGAGAGACACCCCUGGUUUUUCACCCAGUAGAAUCCCAGAUGUGACAAGUCACUAACGACUGAAUCUGCAUUGACUAAUAUUUAACCACUAGAGGAACAGAGUCUGCUUCAUUAGUGGUGGAGGACGCUGGACGCUGUUUCCUCUCCAGAAGUCGUUGGUUGUGCCUCUGAAGGUUCAGCAAGAACGGCGACGACUUGUAGCAACUAAACCACCUGCAGUGCAAACAUGAGAAGGACUAUGUGAAGGUGAAACGAUAAAUUGAAGCACUCAGAUAAUGAGUAUCUCUACGUUUUAACCUCUGAACAGCGACAACAGCAACUGUUGAUCCAUCAUCUGCUGUCAAGUUUGCCAUCAACACAGAAUGACAGAUUGUGUUAACGAGCAGACGUGAUGUCCUGUCGAGCUGCAGGUCACAACAGCCAACAGAGAAUUAUGAGUCGCUGACCUGAAACCUGCUGAUUGUCUCAACACUGAUCCUCUCCAAGUCUACCAGAUGUUAAUGGCCAUCGCCAGUUCUUCCUUUGGCUUUAGCUUUGACGUCUUCAUUGUGCCUCCAUCAAACUUCUAGUGCUUUCCAGCGCAGUAGACCUUAAUAAUUUUAUAUGCAAUGUUUUCUCCUUGAAACACAACUGGUGUCACUCGUCUCUCCCUCCUCUUGUCAGCCAGUCACAUUUACAUUCAACACAUCUCGUCAGUCAUCCUGAUGACAUGCAGAUUAUACUGAGAGCCCGGACACAGCAGCAAAACAUCAGCUUUGCUUACAGAGGCAGAAUAAACCUAAACGUUUUUACAUAGAGAUCUUUGAACUUUGGUGAACUUUUACUCCCCAAACCAUCUUGAACCAUCCACUUUUAUAUAAACUAGCUCAUGAACUCUUAUUUAAUAUCAUGACAAAACCAUGACAGGCAGAAAUAUGUCAUUACGAUGCACUUGCAACAGCUACAGGUAACACAACAUGUAAACAGGACACAGCCCAUGACAUUGAUGGGUAAAACAUCACCUCAGGGAUCUGUACCUGCAUCCAGAGGGCAGAGCAGUGAAGUGUUGUUUAAGUGGAUGUGUGAUGCCCUGUUUUAUUGUGUUUGCAAUACGCAUGAUGGCCUUACAAUUGAGCUCUGAGAGGCUGGGUGUGUGGAGACUUAUUAUCUUGGCAGUGGUGUUGGUGAUGUGUGUGAGUUCAGCCUGGUUUGUGACAGAGAGCUCGUUAAGGAAACAGGUGGAGCAGAAUGGGUUGAACAAUGCUUUAGGAGGAGACUGGGGAGGCAAUACAAGGUUCUUUUAGUUUUUGGGUCACAAAGUGUUGAUGGUUGAUGUCAAAGCUGAGUUCAUUGUCCAGUGUGAGUCCAAGAUGUUUGAAGCAGUCAACCAAUUCAACUGUUUCAGUGUUGAUGAGGAUGGGGGUGCUGGGCUAAUGGCGUAACUAUUAGGAUUUCAUUUGUUUUCCUGAUAUUGGGAUGAAGGUGGUCAUGCUCACACCAGUGGGUGAUUUGAGCAACUGUCCAGAAUGGCAGCAUCGUCAGAGUAUUAUGGAGUAAAUUGCUCAAUACAAAUGUCUCUUGACUACUACUAUUAACUUUUAAAGUGACAUAGUGUUAGGUAGUUGCUGAGUUGUCUAGACUUAGACUUAGACGGACUUUAUUGAUCCCUUUGGGAUGAGUCCCUCGGGGAAAUUACGUUUCCAGCAGCAAAUACAGACAGAACACAUCACACAGGGCAGUACAACAACAGUUUGCGAACGAAAGACAGGGCAGUAUGCAGGACAGUUAGCAAACGACACAGAAUAUAAAUAGAAUAGCAAAAGAAUAUAAAUAGAAUAGAAUAGACUAGCACCAGUCAUUGAGGCUGAGUGUCCUUAAAAGCAUCUCCAAACAAACUGAGGAAUGUAACUAAUCUCCAUAUUUUUUUACAUUUUUGUUUUUUUAAUUUUUUCCUCCUCCAGACCUUUCUGUAGUGUCUCUCAGGUCUCCCGCAGGUCUCUGAAGGGAUGUUUUGAAUCCUGUCUUUGUCAGCUACUGGAAAAUGUGAUAGGCUGAAACACCCGUCAGUCCAGGUACAAACACCCCCCCAAACAUACUUAAAUCUUUAUAUCUCCUUAAUGGAAAAUUCAUUUGGAAUUUUUUAUUUACUAUUUACUGAGAGAUGAACUUUGCAUUUGAAGAUAGAAAUUGAGGUUUUUCAUUUCAUUUCAGUACAAAGUUUUCGUUGUGCUCCAUCUAGUGUAUGUUAGAGAAACUAUAGCUGAAUACAACAGCGUUACAUUAAUACUUUAUGUGUCCACAUAGCCUCAAGGCUUUAUGUGUCAUAAGUUUCAGUUUCAGUCAUCCUGCUGUGUCCGCAAGGAUCUGCAUAGUCACAUGGACACAUAUACCUAAGCAACCAAUAUAGACAAAAUGGCAUCCACAUUCAUCUUGAGUUAAACCGGCCCUUAAAGCUCCAUUUUUGUUUUUGCUGACUGAACAGAGCACUUACAGAUAAGUGUUUACUCCCUGAUCCUGACGUCAUUUAACUGCAGAUUUUAAUCAAACCAGAUUGAUAACAUAGAAAUAAAUCCUGUUUUUUUAAAUGUAAGUUACGCUCUGCAGCAUAAAGUUGAGUAUCAAUUGCAAACAUGAUAACAGAACAAAAGUAAGCUUGUCUACAAUCACCAUCAAAUCCAUUCACAACUGAAGACUUUAGCGGUAAAAUGUGAAACGUACGGAGCAUCAAGACAUAUUUGAUGCUUUGUUCCUACUAAUCAGAGGAAACGUAACCUGACAUUUAAAAAUGUACUCACCUGAAAUGUCUAAAUGAUAAUCUGAGAUGUACGUUUGUCUUGACUUUGGUAUAUUGUGUAUCCUAUGUAGGUGUGAUAUCUAAUAUAUUGUCAUAAUAUGCAAUUAUUGCCAUGUAAGUUGUUUGUACUGAGAGACUGGAUGUCGUUUGUGGCACUUUGUGUAUCUCACGCUGAUCCACAAGCACCGCCGGUAUCAACACUGAUGCACUUUGGUCGUCUGUCGUCCCUGCAUGACGCUGGUGUCUGAAAAUUGUGUGUUUGUUUUUUUUUUCUAAAGGAAAGACUGAAACCAAACUGACUUUGCCUUGCUUCUUAAAUAUCUUGGAGGACUUUGAGGUUUCGUUCUCUCUAAACUUUACUACCUUCUGCUGUCGGUCACAUGUACGUAAUGGCCGCCGUCUGUGCAUGAAGAGCACCUCGGUGUUAAAAUGGUACAAAGUCUUUAUCAAUAUCACGUAUGCACUGUUUUGGAAAUUCACAACACAGAGGAAAAGCUUGAGAGAAACCUUGUAGUAACCACAGAUAUAUAUUCUUAAUUUGUUCUUCACUUAAUUGUCAGGAAUGAAACUAUAUCAGCACAAAGAGCAUUUAUAAAAAAAAAAAUCACAUCAAAUGUCGACAAUAAAUGAUUUUAUACUUUGUA